UCAGAACAAAUAAGGCUGAUUGGAAUUUCCAAUUAUCUACAAAGAAAACAGUGUCAAUCUGGUUUAGAAUAAUACGAUAUUGGGUCCAGUUGCAAACAAACUGAUGAUGGAAUUAUCUCCAAAUAAACUGAUAAUGAAAUCAAUCCCUCUCCUCUUCCUGCUGGAGGACCCUCAUAGGACCACUGGCUUAGAUUUAUCGACCAAUCGGCUCGUCGGAGGGGAGAAAAAAAAAUACGAGGACAGGCUGCAACGGAGGAGCGCGCAUCGCGCAAGGGUUGAGCACAGAGAAGACGUAGCCGCAGCCGAGAGGAUGCAGUGAAGAAGAGCUUCCAGAGUCCUCAGCUAAUUUAACGGCCGGACGCCACGGCAGCUUUAAAAUAAAAUCGACGACAAUGAGCGUGAUCCAGCCCGGGCACGACGGCAGAGGCGGCCGCACCGACAACGGCGGCGGCUCCCCGAGGCUGCAGCACUGCGCUCAGCCUCCCAACAGCAGCAGCAGCAGCAGCAGCCGGACCAAAGAUGCCAGGUACCAGCAGCAGCGGCAUCAUGGUGGGUCCAUGCUCAAACAACCGUCGCUCAACGAGCCAGCCGACGUCGUGAGACGCGCGCUGGACUUCAAGUGCCAAGGCACCCAGUGCUACAAGGAUAAGAAGUACCGAGAGGCGAUCGGCAAGUAUCACCGCGCUCUGCUGGAGAUCAAGGGGCUGUGCAGGGUGCUGGGGGAUCCGGACACCGGCUCCAAGCCCCCGUCCCCCCUCCUGCCAACCAUGAGCAAGUCCACCACGCUGACGGAUGAGCAGAAGGGAGACAUGGAGAACGCAGAGCUGGAGUGUUACAACAGCUUGGCCGCCUGCCUGCUGCAAAUGGAGCUGGUGAACUACGAGCGAGUGAAGGAAUACUGUCUGAAGGUGCUUUACAAGGAAGGGAAGAACUUCAAGGCUCUGUACCGAUCCGGUGUGGCCUACUACCACCUAGGAGAGUUCCAGAAGGCGCUGCACUACCUGAAGGAGUCACACAAACAGGAACCAUCAGACACCAACGCCAUCCGCUACAUCCAGUUGACAGAGAUGAAGAUUCGCCGGAAUGCCCAAAGGGAAAAGAAAGAGGCGACAUAAGGACUGGCUAUCUGAUGACUUCUCACCCGUCACUAAUUUCGGCCCAAUUCUGUGCCACCCAGACCUUACACACCAUGAGUCAGAGGUCUUGGUGUGAAAAUAUAUUUGUUUGCUUUUGCCUUGCACAACAUCCGGUUUGCCAGUUAUGUGAUUGAACUUCAUUGUUGUGUGCUUGAAGCAUUUUUUUUUUUUUUGCGCACCUGAUGCCGAGUGUCUGUCUCCAAACCGCCAAAUUGAUCGAGUAUGAAUCCAUCCCAAGCAUUUUUUUAACCAUCACAAACUGAUGCACUGCCAGUCCAAACAUUGCACAUACAGGCCAACACUUGUGAUAAAGACAGGAGCAACAAGUUCCACAGAGUGAGUCCAGCAUGUCUGCAGGCGAGUGUAACUGCCAAUUAGCGCGUGCCCUCGCACAAGAUGUCUCUUGAAUGGCACAGAGUAAAUGAGUAACAACCACCUACACACUUUGACUUUGAAAGUACAACAAAAGACACUUUUUUCAAUACUCUCGAUUAUAUCUGAAGUAAAGGUGCUUUCAUUAAGUAGGUUUCUAGCUGUGGGCAAGAACAUCAAGAGCACAUGGGUGCUAAUUGCAGUAUGAACUUAAGAGACAUAUCACAACAUGUAAAUAGGCUACUUUCUAUAAAUCAUGAAAAAUAUAAUGGAGAGACAAGCGAUUUGUGUUUAUUGAUGCCAAAACAAAGCACUUCAUUCACAGCAUUACUGUAUCAACAAAUACUGUAUGUUUAUUGUAAAGGUCUGCGUGUAAUAAAUGUGUUUAUUGAUUGAAGUACUUUUUGUUGUUGUGAUGAAGCAGUGGAUUUCCUAUGUUCCCGAAAGGCGACAUGUGUAAAUAAAUAAGUGAACCAAAAGUGACUGAAAUGAUUUUGUACCCUUUCACCUUCGGUAGCUGCCAUGGUGAGGCUCGAGUAAUAAGUUGAGUCAUGGAGUUGAUUUUCCAAGAAAAUGACACAAUGAAGCGUGGUGU